CUCUCUCUCCAACGUCCACCUCGACAAAUGGCUCGCUCUCGUUCCUCUGGCAGGCCUACCGCUUCCGCACCCCGCUCAGCCCCGGCUCAGCAGCGUCAGGCACACACGGCCGCUGCCUACCCUCCGGCACACGCUCCUCCCGCUCCCGCGACCGCUGCUCCCCAGCAGCCGGGUAUGAUGGCCCAAAUGGCAGCCACAGCCGGCUCCGUCGCUGCUGGAUCCGUGAUAGGCCACGGAAUCUCGAGCAUGCUCUUCGGCGGUCGUUCUGAAGCUCCGGCACCGGUCGAGCAGGCUGCUCCUGUCCAACAGCAACAGGCUUCUCAGAUGGGCAAGGCGUGCGAGGUCCAGGCUCGGGAGGUGAUGCGCUGCUUGGAAAUUGGCGAUGCCGAUACUUGCAGGUGGUACCUUGACCAGCUUAAGGCGUGCCAGAGUGCUGCUGCGCCUUACUAAGCUGAGCCAAGCGCUGAUGCACCCCAAACGAGCCUUGCUGGCGUUGAAUUAGGUAGAACCUGCAUCCAAUCGUUCAUAAUUGCAUGUAGCUGCCCCUUAUAAAAUUAUCAUCCAUUCCCCAU